AUAUUAACCUUCUUCUAGGUGUUUGGAGGAGCUGAAUGAGGAAAUCUUGAAAAAGGGGAGAACACUUUAGGUUGCACCGUGCUAGCACGCUUUGGUUAAUUUUCGUGCCUCUUCUUCUCGUAGAUGUUGUGUUCUCGAAAAAUGUAGGAUCUCUAUUCUCCAUCAGAUCAAAAGAUUCAGAAUGACGAGAGACGCUUCGUUCGGAAGGUAUAAUCUCAAAACUCUCCACCUUCUUGAUCGAUAAUGACGUUGGUUUGUAUGCCUUCAUUGCAGCCUUCAAUUCGAUGUGUUAAAUCGGUGAUCAAGUGCUGGAUUUUGUGGGUUUAAUUCUUUCUUCUAAGUGUUGAAGCCAAUGCACUUGAGCAAUUUUAGAGAGGAUUAGGAGCACUAGCUAAUGGAUAUGAUUGCAACGUCCUCCGCUCUCUGGAGGUCUAGCCAUUGCUAGCCCUAGAUAGAUAGUUUGAUUGAGGGAUUCCUUACUUGGGGAUUCUUUCCUAAAGUAAAUCUUUUGAUUUCCGUCAGGUAAUUAAUUAUUUUACACAUGGAUUCUUUGGAGAAAAAGAACAGUAAGGGGAAAAGGGUGAAUUUAGAGUUAGAAUAUCCACCGUUAUCCAAGAAGAACAAGUCACACAAGGAUGGAUUCUCUGUGCAGACCAAAAGACCUUGUGUAAAAGACUUGGUUGCUGCUUGGGAUAGUCUAAGUAAUCUUGACAAAGUGAGGUUUGACAAGAAAUUUGGCAGAAUAGCUGAUGUGUUGCAAGUAGAGCCGGACUGGGAAAUCAUUAGGGCAAGCCUAAGAUUUUAUGUCCCGCAUCUUCGUUGCUUUGUUUUUCCAGAGUUUGAGUUGGUACCCACCAUUGAAGAAUAUUUUCAGUUAUUGUUCAGUCGCCCAGCAAUGAGUUCAGAAAUUUAUGUUCCAGACCCUAUUAAUUUUCAAUUAAAUAAGUUGCAAUUUCAGUCCAUGCUACAAAAGAUUUUGAGCUUUCCUUUAGAGUUCACAGAAAGUUGCAUUAUAAAGAGAAAUGAAGUAUGGGGAGUUAAUUGGAACAUGAUGUAUUCAAAAUUAAAGUCGGAUCUAAAUUCACUUUCUGAGGAAGAUCGUUUGAAUUUUGUUGCUUUGGGUAUUUAUGGAAUGAUUAUUUUGCCUACUAGUAUGGAAGUUAUCAGUUCAUUCGUUGUAGCCAUGUUUGAGCAGUUUAUCAAGAAUCCAAAUCUUAAUGUUGCUCCUGUUUUAAUUGCUGAAACUUUACGAGAUGCUGACUAUAUUAGAGCUCAUGGCAAGGGUAGAUUCACAUGUUCUGCUAGUUUGUUUACACUAUGGAUACAUGCACAUGUAUCAAAGGUAGAUUUCUCCACAAUUAAGGAGUUUGGAAUUUUGCAAAAAAAGAAUCAAUUGGAAAAGAAAAUGGCUAACCAGUGGCAUCAACAAUUCUUGAAUUUGAAAUCUAAAGACAUAGUUUGGUGUGCGACAUGGUUGAAGUCUACCAAUUACUUUUAUCCUCCACGUGGCCAUAAUUGGAUUCCGUUGUUGGGCGUUCGAGGAGCUAUUAGCUAUAGUUCAACACUAGUGAUGAGGCAAUUUUGUGAUAGGCAAAGUAAACCAUUGCUAGAUGGUAUUUCCUCAUAUGGGUUUGAUUAUUCUCUUGAUACUCAAGUAAUUAAUCAAAUUGGCUUUGCCAAAGAAGUAUGGUCACAAUGUGAAGUGCGUUUCUCAAGGAAUAAGAUUUCAGCCACUUGUGAGUUUCUAGAAUGGAGGAAAGUUUGGCUUCAAGACAUAGUUAUCCCUUAUGACAUUCCCAUUGUUAAAGAAGCUAUUAUUGUGGAUUUGAAGAAAAGAAUAGUAGAGCUAGAAGGUGAGAAGCAAAAAUUGAUUAAAGAAAAGAAUUCUAUAACUUUUGAAAAAGAAAAGGCAGAGAAAGAAGUUGACAAGCAUGCUCAAACUCUGAAAAAAUUAAGAACGAUCAUCCAGAAGGAAGAAAGGCAGAAUGAUCAUUUAAUGUGUGACAAAAACAAGUUGGAAGAUGAGCUCAAUCAAUUCAAGAAUCAGAAUGCCAAUUUAAAGACUCAAGUAAACCAGCAACAUGAUGAGAUUGGUCGACUUAAGGGCUUUGAAAAUGAAGUGGAGAAUUUGCUUGAUAACGAAUUACAAUUGUUGCAACAACUUGAGGAAGCUCAAAAUAAUGAAAAAUUGAUGGAGCAAAAAUUGUCGUUAAUGCAAACACAACAAGUUUAUCAAAAUGAGAAGAUAAGAGGAUUGGAAGCAGAAGUAAGAGGCUUAAAUGGACAAUUGAGGGAAUCAUUAGCUACAAUCAAUCAACUAAAAAGAGAAGGAGGAAAGGUGCUCUAUUUGGUCAAUGGAAUCUAUUCAAAAGCAAUGAAGGUUGAGCGUACUAUUCCACCAAAUCAACAUGAUGCGGCUUCAAGUUUUGUGGAAGGGCUUUCAAGCAUGAUAAGGGAUUAUUGUGAACAUGAACUUGAAACAAUAGAGUAUUGGAAAAACAAGGAGAAAUGAAAGUUUAUGAUUGUUAUCUAUUAGUUGUUACAUUCAAAAUUUUAAAUAAAGGAAUAAAGUUUGA